AUGGCAUCAGCAUUCAAACAAAUCUUUCCAUUAUUUGAUCGGGUACUUGUCGAAAAAUUUGCAGCGGCAGCAAAAACUAAAGGUGGCUUACACAUUCCUGAAAAAGCUAUAGGCAAAGUAUUGAACGCAACUGUUGUUGCUGUUGGAAAGGGUGUCAAACAAAGGGAUGGAGGUUAUACUCCAGUCUGUGUACAAGCUGGUGACAAAGUUCUCUUGCCAGAAUACGGUGGUACCAAAGUGGAAAUCAACGAUAAAGAAUAUUUCAUUUUCAAAGAAUCCGACAUUCUUGCUAAAUGGGAAUAA